UUAUUUAAUACGAAAUGUAAUCAAAACAAACAUUUUAAACACUAUUGAAAUCAAAUGUUUCAAAACAAUUGAAUUGAAUAAAUCAAUGUCUAAAUUGAAAUCCUCUGCCAAUUACUUAUAUCGCCGUCGGCGACAACUUUAUGACCAAAUAAUUCGCGUCAAUCAUUCGGGAGAGUUGGCCGCAGAUCGCAUAUAUUGGGGUCAAUUUGUUGUCCUCGCAAAUGAUGACAAACACAGUCCAGUCAUUCAAGAGAUGUGGAGUCAAGAGAAACAUCAUUUGCAAGAGUUUGAAAAACUGUCGCUUAAGUAYAGGUGCCGUAAGAGUGCUCUCCAACACAUAUGGAGUGCCACCGCCUUCACGUUGGGUGCCGUCACUGCCGCCAUCGGACCUAAGGCUGCAAUGGCCUGCACUGUGGCCGUUGAGGAUGUCAUUUGCCAACAUUAUGAUAACCAAUUGAGACAAUUAAUUAAUGACAAUAUAGACACAAACAAACACUUGAUUGAUACCAUCAAAGAGUUUCGCGACGACGAACAACACCACUUCGACACCGGCAUUGAGUUCGGCGCCAAAGACAGUAUUGCUUUCAAUGUGUUAUAUAACGUCAUCUCAAAUGGCUGUCGAGUGGCCAUAAAAAUAGCCGAAAAAAUUUAAUAACAAAUGAAUUAUACCUUUAAUGCAUUCUUUAAAUUUAUUCAAAUUUAUCAAUAAAUAUACAGUAAAUUAUAGUCAAAAUGURAGAAAUAUAA